AUGGGGUUGAAGCUCAAGCUGAUCGAGCUGGAGGGCCAGCUGGUGGAUCAGGGCUAUCCAGAUGAGGAAGUGCUGGAGCGCGUGGAAAUUUUGCGCAAGGCUCUGGAAGCUGCUGGAGCUUUGGAAGUUGAUGAUAUGGAUUCUAGAAUGAAUUCUACUCAAAGUCAUCAUAUUGCUGCGCAAAAAGAAAAGCAAUUGGAAUCUAUGCGAGAUGCUCUAGGGUUGAAAAACGUUAAGGAGGGUGAAGCUUCUGACCGGGAAUUGCAAGAGCAGAAAAGGCAAGAGCGAAUAAUGGCACGGGAAGAGAAAGAACAAGAAAAUCGUGAGAAGCAAGCUGCCAUUGAAGAGGAGGAGAGGCGACAGAAGAAAGAGCUUCGGCGUGAAGAAAAGCUUAGACAUCGGGAGCAACAGGAGGAGGAGCGUAAGCAGAGAAAGCUCGAGCGUAAGGUUCGAAGGGAGCAGGAUGAGCAGGAGCGCUAUCAGAAGGGAAAAGAGUCAAGGGAGUUAAUGGAGCCAAGAGAAUCGAAAGAAAAAAGGGAUCAGGAAUAUGAAGAGCGAGAUCAUAAGAAGAAAGAAUCGAGAGAGAGGAGGAAGAACGAAGACGAGGAGCCACAUGAAAGGAUAAAGGAUCCUAGAGAGAAGAGGGAGAACCGGGAGCACUAGAUCUUAACGGCAUGGCUCCUGUAAUCCUAAUUGUGCAUUUUACCCAUGAGGAGAAUUGUAUGUUGUUUCGCACAAGAAACCUAGAGCGAAGUGCUUUGUUCUUUUUACAAGUUGUACAUAAUUUGACACAUGUAGAACCAUCCGUUAUGCAGGUUGGGCAUCCGGUUUUGUAGACUAGAAAAAUACUGCAGGUCAGGGCGAUCAAAAUUGAAUCAGAUUGGCACUAGUCUUGAGAAGCUUUGCUCUAAGAACUUGUACAAUGUUUCAGCACCUUUUGCACAACUGAAAUUUAGUUCAUUAUCUUCGAUGUGGUUGAGUUAUCACCCAUCCUGUAUCUCAUUGGACUGCCCAAUGCCCAGGCAUUGUCAGACUAAAUAUUUCCAAAGGAAAGGAAUAGUGAUGCAUUUUGUGUCGUUUGAUUUUGACGAAA